AUGAAUUCCUCCCAAGUGUUACAAUCAUCUUCAUCUUCUACUUUAUCGUCUAUUAAAUAUCCACCAAAUGUUCGUCGUUUAAUUGUUUCGUCAUUGUCUACAUCAUCACCACAAUCAGCAAUACCAACAGAUUCUGGUCCUUUAACUCCUGAUGUCGGAAAUUUAGUUAAUCCAUUUGUUACUGCUGUACAAACUAUUCAAAAUGCAUCGUCUACUGAGCCAAUAUCAGUACAAAAUAGUCCAUCACAAACUACCGGUGAUAUACCAACAACUCAAAUACAAGAAUUUUUACCAUUACCACCACCACAACCUGUUGUUCGACACGUUGGAAAUUAUGAUUUAACUGAAGUUAAGUUUGAUGAUUUUCGAUGUGCACGCCAUCGGGAAACCGGUGAAGAGUAUUUGUAUAAAGAAUUUGCAUUGGAUACGUUGAGACAACGUCUCGAACCUUAUUACCGUUUAGCAAAUAUAAUACUAAGAAAACAUUCAACAAACAGUUAUCAUUAUCAAUCACAAUCACUACAAACAGAAACAUUUGUACAAACAGGUGAAACAGCAUUUACACAUUCAACAUCAUUACAUACAAAUAAUUUAUCAUCAAGUCAACAUAAUAUAACAUUUGAUUAUAAAACAAUUAAUCAAUUAUCAUUGAAAUAUCAUAUACAUUUUUAUCGUGAAAUCAUCACAUUAGAAUCAACAGCCAUUGUUCUAUAUCCAAAAUAUUCAUCAAAUUUACAUAUGUAUAUAACAGAAAAACAUCGUCUCAAUGAAAAUGAAUGUCGACGAUUAUUUACACAAAUAAUUAAUAGUGUUAAAUUAUGUCAUGAAGUUGGUCUCAUUGUAAGAGAUUUAAAAUUACGAAAAAUUAUAUUUACAAAUCAACAACAUACACAAUUAUUAUUAACGGGUCUUGAUGAUGCUAUUAUAUUACAAGACAGAACGAACGAUCUAGUUUCAUCACGUUUUUCAUGUCCGGUUUAUGCUUGUCCAGAAAUUGUGUUAAACCGCCAAAUGUAUUCGGGAAAAAUGGCAGAUUCAUGGAGUUUAGGUAUCAUCUUAUAUACAAUGUUAUUUGGCCGCUAUCCAUUUUGUGAUAAAACAUUAGUAGGUUUAUUUAUUAAAAUUGGACGUUGUCGACCAGACAUACCACGUACAAUAACAAUGAAAGCACGUUCACUACUAAGAUCGUUAAUUCGUGUUAAACCAGAUGAACGUUUAGUAUCAAAUGAUAUACUAGGACAUGUAUGGUUUGGUGAUAUAAAUAAUAAUAAUAGUAAUAGCGUUAAUGUUGAUGAAAUAAAUGGUGGAGGUUACUAUGAUUUAACUAGGACAACAACAGCAACAAAUGAGCUAGAAAAUGAUCUGACAAUGAAAGAAGAUGCCGUUGUACCAAAUAUUAAAUUUGAUUAG